AUGUUUGAAUGCCCGGGGCUGAAGCCGGGAGAGGGAGGCAGGUUCCGUGUCUGUGAGAGAACAAACCUGCUCGUUGUAGAAUUUAACACAGUCUCUUGUUCCAGCCGGAGUACCAUGGAAGCAGGGCUGUGGAGUGGAAAGGGCUGCAGUGCCCCCUGGAUGUACCACAGAAUCGCUGGGCAGUACACGCUCUUCCAGAAGCAGCUGGUGUCCGAUUUUGCUCCUGACCCGCGCAGGCCCAGCCCCCGGGUCCUCCAGGACUCGACCAACUGGCAUGACGCCCAACCACCCCCGCCUCCCUGGGGUGCCCUGCGGCAGGAGAACCCGCGGCUUCCAGGGAAAGAGUGGAAGCGGGCCGCGGCUGGUCCGAAGCCCCACGACCCGCGCAGCCCGACUCGCGAUGGCUUCUGCAGGAGGGAGCUGGCCUGGGGGGCCGCCGCGCACAGUCCGAAGGUUUCAACUAAAGGUCGGGGCGCUCCGGGUUGCAGCCCGGGGCCUCUCGGAGCGGGCGGGAAAAUCCGGGGCGACUGGCCUGCCCGCUCCCCGCCCAGCUACGAAGCCCACAUGCGGCUCCGGGCCGUCCAGGGCCCCCGGAAAGAAAACUGCCCGCGGCGGCCGCCGCCCUACGUCGCUCCUCCGUCCUACGAGGCUGCCCAUCGCACAGUCCGGCCCCAGACACGGGCCUGCAGGACCGGGGAAAGGCCGCCAGCCCCAGCAGAAGCGCCCUCCUCGUCGCGGCUGGCGAGGGCCUGCCAGGGACGACCUCGAACGCCCAGCUCCGGCUGGAAGAACGGGCACUGCCAGGCGGCGGCGCCGCCCGGCCCUUGGAGCUACCUCGCCGGAGCCAGGACCUGGGCUGGGCGGCGGAGGCGGCCGGAGCGCGCGGAGGCUUCCCCCGGCUGGCCCGGCAGCCCCGCGCCACGCGGCCACACCCUGCCUCGGGUCACCAGGCGGCUUCCCGCCUCCUGCUGCCUGGUGCUCGACGCCUCUGCUCCCCAGGCCGCCCGCCCUUCAGGGGGGCGCUCGAACCGCGCCGCCGCCGCUUGGCCCGGCCCCGAGUGGAAGCGGGCCAGCAGCAGGGAGCCCGGCGGGACUAGAGCCACGCCGCGAAGGGGAGCCGGGGGAGUCAUGGUGAUCGACGCCACGUGCGUCGUGAUCCAGACCCACUACAUCCCUCCGGCGCGGCCCGAGCGCGUGCGCUACGUGGGGCGGGAGGAGGGACCGAAGGAGCAGAGCCCCCCCGCCCCUGCCGCCGCCUCGCCGGGCUCCUUGGCGGAGCGGGCCUCCCGGAUCCUGGGCCUCCCCUGGAGCGAGCUGAGCUUCCCGGAGCAGGGAGGGCAGCUCUCGGUGCCGGCCAGCCCCAGGCGCGAGGCUGCGGGUGGGGGCCCGGAGGAGGCACCUGCUCAGCCUGAGCGGGCCCUUUCUCCCCCCCAGGGCAGCCUCAGGCUCCCCUUCCCCCAGCCGACCCCCAAGAGCGGCCUGGAAGAGCCCCCAGAUACGGGGCUGCCUCGCCUUGAGGAAGGGAGGGUGGCACACGCUGGCCCGAGCGCGCCCCGAGCUGAUGUCCCGCAAAACGGAUCCUAUGUGCUGGAUCUGAGGAAAGCCAUGUCGAGGAUCCGCCGGCACACAGCGCCGGAUUCGGACACCGAUGAAGAGCUGGAGAAGGCGCGGCGGCCAGCCGGGGGGCAUUUCUCAUGGAAGGGGCGCCUGAAUGAAGCGGCACUCUCUUAUAGCAGCAGCAGCUUGGAGAGCAUCGAAUCUAAUGCCACUGUGGUGUCUGGAAAUGCCAAGCCUGCCACCCUGAGCAAUGGACCUGAGAAGGGCUGGCAGCCGAGUCCGACAGUUCCAUGACAAUGAAGAUGGAUUAGAAGACAACACACACUGGUGCCCCAUCUUUGUCCACCUUACUCUCGAGUCCCAAGUGCCUGGUAUCCCUAUGCCACUGCUACCUCCAGCCUCAGAUUCAGGGACAUUGGUAGGUUUGAGGCUGUGGGGUGAAAGAGAAAUAUACACAGGAGUGUUGUGUGGUUUCCGGGCUGCAUUUUCUCUUGACG